CUCUUCACUCAAACUUACCCUUUUAUUCAUCAGGAUAUUUUGUUCAGGUGGUACGACGUGUCGUUUCUGUUUUCCCAUAAAUCCAAUUAUUUUUCCUUUAUACACAUUCGAUCCAUCGUCACUUACCGUCCCCACCAGCCUGUGGCUGUGCAAUUGCCACCAUGGGCCUCCUGGCUCUUACCCGCCGUAACUGGAUUACCACCACUGCCCUUGUUUCUUCCCUCUCCGGCGAACUCAAACAGCCUCGGAUUCUACCUUUCCGAACUCUCCACCGUUCACCGCCGGCAUUCCGGAUUCCUUCUUUCUCCUCUAGCCGCGUUUCGUCUCCACUCGCAGUGUCCAGCGACGUUUUGCAUGAUGCUGGCGCAACAGCGGCUGUUCUCAUCGGAGCUUACUCGCUUGUUCGCGGAUUCGACAAUCUCACCCGCCGGAAUUUGAUUCAGCAGAAUUUGAGCAGAAAACUUGUCCACAUAUUGUCCGGAUUGCUUUUCACAAUGUCUUGGCCUAUAUUCAGCACCUCAACGGGGGCUCGGUACUUUGCUUCAAUUGUUCCUACUGUGAAUUGCUUGAGGCUUGUUAUCAAUGGCCUCUCAUUAACCAAAGAUGAAGGACUUUUGAAAUCACUUACUCGGGAAGGAAAACCAGAGGAGUUGCUGAGAGGGCCUCUAUACUAUGUUCUAAUACUGAUUUUGUCGGCUGUUAUCUUCUGGCGUGAAUCUCCAGUUGGUUUGAUCUCAUUGGGAAUGAUGUGUGGAGGAGAUGGUAUUGCUGAUAUAAUGGGAAGAAAGUUUGGGUCCAAAAGGCUUCCUUAUAAUCAGGAGAAGAGUUGGGUUGGUAGCAUUUCAAUGUUCAUCUUUGGAUUUUGUGUUUCCAUUGGAAUGUUGUACUAUUUCUCGGUUCUUGGAUAUUUAGAGCUGGAUUGGGUGAAGGCAGUGCAAAAUGUUGCUUUAAUUUCUCUGGUGGCAACUGUGGUGGAGUCACUUCCCAGUGCAGGAGUUGUAGAUGAUAAUAUAUCAGUACCACUGUUUUUGUGCAGACUGAGAUGAUGCAGAUUAUCAAUCCAUGAAUUCAAACUUUAAGAAUGAAAGAGAAAAAAGAAAAAAAAAGUAUUGCCAGCUUUACUGUUGGGCAAUGGACACAUCCUUUUACAACUUAUUAACAUGGCAUUAUGCACUUCUAUUUUCUCUACUUGUCUUUAUAUGAAAAUACUUAACGAGAAUUCGUAUCCUAGAAAAGCAGACUUUUGUCUUCUUUUUUGUCCAUUUUUUAGUUGGUGAAAGGAUUUGAACCA